UGAAGAAUUACAAUGUAAACAAGCUAUUAAUAUUAAACAAGAUGAAAUUGGUAAUACUUUAGCUUUCAAUGGCUGGAAAAAUAUUAAUCAUCAAGAAGUUUUAGGAAGUGUUCUAAUUACGAGUAAGGAAAAAGUACUUGUAUGGAGAGCUGAAGAUAUUUCAGAUGAUAGUGCUUAUACAGUUGAUGUAGUGAAAAAAAUAAAAAGUUUUUUUACACAUGCAGAAAAAGAUGGUAUUAAGAUUAUUGCAAUAGUAAUGGAUAGUGCAUCCACAUAUGCAUCAGCAAG